UCUAGGGUCCUGUCUCUCUGCAGCCGCCAUCAUGGUACGGAAGCUGAAGUUCCACGAGCAGAAGCUGCUGAAGCAGGUGGACUUCCUGAACUGGGAGGUCACUGACCACAACCUGCACGAGCUGCGCGUGCUGCGUCGUUACCGGCUGCAGCGGCGCGAGGACUACACGCGCUACAACCAGCUGAGCCGGGCGGUGCGCGAGCUGGCGCGGCGCCUGCGCGACCUGCCCGAGCGCGACCCGUUCCGCGUGCGCGCUUCGGCCGCCCUGCUGGACAAGCUAUACGCCCUCGGCCUGGUGCCCACGCGCGGCUCCCUCGAGCUCUGCGACUUCGUCACCGCUUCGUCCUUCUGCCGCCGCCGCCUGCCCACCGUGCUCCUCAAGCUGCGCAUGGCGCAGCACCUCCAGGCCGCCGUGGCAUUCGUGGAGCAGGGCCAUGUGCGCGUAGGCCCAGACGUGAUCACCGACCCCGCCUUCCUCGUCACGCGCAGCAUGGAGGACUUUGUCACCUGGGUCGACUCGUCCAAGAUUAAGCGGCACGUGCUGGAGUACAACGAGGAGCGCGAUGACUUCGAUCUGGACGCCUAGCAGGUUUCGCCGCGGCUGCGUUGUACAGACGGGAACACUGAGGGCUGGUGCUGGCGAUACCGUGGGGGGUGUCAGCCUGUCAUCUGCCCUUAAGAACUUGACACUUCCGCUGCAGACCUUGCACAUAGCCAGAACUUGGACUAGCGGAUAAUGACUGCCUUGGAGGGAGAGGGGGAUCCAUGGGAACUGUUUGGUGCUGGCUUGAGAGUUGUUAAGAGUCUGGUGCAGAAACUGUCGUACCUGAAGGGAGAAUUUACGCUGCGCCACCAGCAGCAGCUCUGUCACACACUGCUGUUACCUUGUAAUCGGACCCUUAGGUUUUAUUUAUUUAACUCACACCCUUGCUCCUGUCUAAGCGGUGUGGUGACUGUGUGAGACUUGAGUAUUCAAGGGCCCCUCCCUUGUUUAAAGGAAUGCUUUCCUGAUGCCAAUAAAUGGGCUAACUGCUUUGUAA